ACUUCCCGUGUGGGGCCAAGCCUUGUCCUGAAAAUUAUAACUGCACUGGCCCCUGGCAAGGACCCAAUGAUGGCAUCACUCAGUUUGAUAACAUCUUAUUUUCCAUACUCACUGUAUUCCAGUGCAUCACCAUGGAAGGCUGGACAGCUGUACUCUAUAAUACCAACGAUGCAUUAGGCUGUACUUGGAAUUGGCUCUACUUCAUUCCUCUAAUAAUAAUUGGCUCCUUCUUUGUGUUGAAUCUGGUAUUAGGAGUCCUGUCAGGGGAGUUUGCUAAAGAGCGAGAGCGGGUAGAGAACCGAAGAUCCUUCAUGAAGCUCAGGAGACAGCAACAGAUCGAGAGGGAGCUGAACGGAUACCGGGCCUGGAUCGACCGUGCAGAGGAGGUGAUGCUUGCAGAGGAGAACAAGAAUUCAGGACCUUCUGCUUUGGAUG